CUCAGUUUUAAACAAACCAUGAUCGAAUAUUGGUGUCAAUAAUAGUGAAAUAUUAAGAAUGAAUAAAGAAGAAGAAGAGAAGAGUCGACCGUCGUCACGGCGUAACUCGGUUAGCCUGUCUCGUCGUAGUAGUGUCGACAAAACAGUGCAUUCAACAAACUCAACACCAAAGAAAACUCAAAAGUUUGACUUUGUCGUUACGGGAAAGCAGAUAUUAAAAAAAAGUGACAGAGCUCAAUCCCUUCCUGGUGGUUUGCGGCGACAGUCAGCUGAUUCGUUGAGAAAGAAAAUCGAUUCGCCAAAGAGAAUUCAAACUAAAAGUCGUGACGCAUCGUUGGAUGAUGAUAUGUCUUUGGAUUUAUCUCAGGUGUCAGAUUUCGAGGAUACCAAUUCAAAAUAUGGUGUGAAAAAAUUUACAACAUCAACACCUAAGAAGGUGCACAGGCGGCUUAUUCAGAGUGUGCUGACAGACAAGCACAACAAAUCACUUGAAUCUCGGAGCAAGGAGAGCUCGUUCAGUCGGGACAGCAAAUCCAGUCUUGGUGCUUACAGACAUACAAUGAGCACAGAAAUGGAAUGCUCAUCAGCAUCACCUGGCUCUGCUCCAUCAUCCACUGACAGCGUGCAUGGGUUCCCACCGGACACGUUAAUGUCUUCAAGAAGUCAGGAUCUGCUGGACAGCUGUUGCGUUAGUACGUGGCAGGAAUCUGAUCCCAAGCCAACUGGAGAAUGGAGCAAUUUUUGGGCUAAUUACAAUAACUCUUUAGCCAGGGUUCCUAUAAGCCGAUAUUAUGACCAAUGUCCCACACCGUACCGUACUGAGGACUUUGAACUCACGGAUUUUGAUCUCUCGAAUGAAGGCUUAAAACGCUCACCUGACGACAUAACCAACAUAAAUUACAUAAUUCGCAACGAAGGAUUACACCUUACCCCACGUGAAACGCAAAAUAUCAUUAAAUGUACACACAUUUUAGGGAAUGUCCUCACAAAAGCGAUAGAAAGGCAAUCCAAAGAAAGUCAAAAAGCAUUUCCUGAACCUAUCAUAGAUCUUGAAAAAGAUUUAAAGAAGAAAUCAAUGUCGUUAAAUCUGAAGGAGACAGUGCUACCUCUAGAAGUGAAAGAAGAGAAGACAUGGGAGUCUGUGCCGACACAGACCGACAUUUCGCUGCCGAACACCAAGAGUGCGCCGAAGAUUUUUGAAAAAAUUCUUCGUCAAUUGUCAAAAUCAUCACUCGAAGAAAAGGUGAUAAGUGAAACUCCGGAAGAAAGUCAGGAGACGAAAAAUGAGGAAGUCAAAGAGACAAAUUAACUUAAAAUGUAAAGCUGAAGAAACAAUCUCUGAGGAUAUUUUUUUAAUAUUACUAUACCCAUUUGUCAAUUACCAUUCUUAUCAUAUCUUGUCAAUUAAACACAAAUAGAGAGAGAUAUUCUGAGAUGGCUAUUUCAAUCGCUUGCCACCUGUUAAAUUUGAUGACCGACGCGACUUAAUGUUAGUUCCAACAUUAUGUGGAUAUGUCUUCGUGGUCAGGUAUUCCGAUGUUCGAGCAAUUACUUACACACUUAUAAAAUACCAGCAGUUCUAAUUUAUCAUAAAUUUAGAUAAAUAAAUCCAGAUCAAUUUUAUUCACAUCAUAGGCGGGUAAGAUUGCACAAUUUUUAGAAUCAGGCGCAUACACUACCAUCGUACCAAAUUCUCGUAUAUUGUCCUGACAAAAAACAGCAAACGACUUACUCUGAAAAUAAAUUUCAUUCGAAAUGUUUUCAUUCACUUCCAACAGUUUGUUAAUGAAAUAUCUGUCCUUUAAAUACAUGUAUUUGGUUUCAACGUUAUGUAUUACUCGUAUUUUUCUCA